UCGCCGGGGAACGUGGAGCCGGGAGCCAGCUGAACAGCGAGACACGCCGGCGGGCGCUGCCUACGGGCCGCUGCCGGGCUGGGCGGGCCCCCGAGAGCCCGCUCCGUGCCCGCCCCCGGCCAUGGCCCCCAUGGGGAUCCGCCUCUCCCCGCUGGGGGUGGCCGUGUUCUGUCUGCUGGGCCUCGGCGUCCUCUACCACCUCUACUCCGGCCUCCUGGCCGGCCGCCUCGCCCUCUUCGUGCUGGGGGCCGGGGGCGGGCACGACGUUCCCCCAGACACGUUGCCCGAGGGCACCGUGGACCUGCGGGAGCUGCUGGCCGUGUCCGUGCUGGCCGCCGUCAGGGGGGGCGAGGAGGUGAAGCGCGUCCGGGAAAGCAACGUCCUCAACGAGAAGGCGAAGGGCAAGACCCGCGAGGGGGCCGAGGAGAAGAUGACCAGCGGGGACGUGCUGUCCAACCGCAAGAUGUUCUACCUGCUCAAGAACAGCUUCCCCAGCGUGCAGAUAAAUACUGAAGAACACGUCGAUGCACCUGAUGAGAUAAUUUUCUGGGAUCGCAGUAUUCCUGAAGACAUAAAGGAAAAAAUACAGCCUAAAGAGGUUCCAGCAGAAAGUGUGACAGUCUGGAUCGAUCCAUUAGACGCCACGCAUGAAUACACAGAGGAUCUUCGACAAUAUGUCACAACUAUGGUGUGUGUGGCUGUGAAUGGUGAACCAGUAAUAGGAGUAAUACACAAGCCCUUCUCAGCAUAUACAGCAUGGGCAAUGGUGGAUGGUGGGUCAAAUGUAAAAGCGCGUUCCUCCUACAGUGAGAGAACUCCAAGAAUUAUUGUGUCCCGCUCUCAUGCAGGAAAAGUAGAGCAGGUAGCACAGCAAACAUUUGGAAAUAAAACUGUGAUCAUCCCAGCAGGUGGAGCAGGCUAUAAAGUUUUAGCUCUCCUUGAUGUGCCUGACAAGAAACAAGAAAAAGCCGAUGUGUACAUUCAUGUGACAUACAUCAAGAAAUGGGAUAUAUGUGCUGGGAAUGCCGUGCUGAAAGCAUUGGGUGGUCACAUGACUACCCUGACUGGUGAAGAAAUCAGUUAUACUGGUUCAGAUGGCAAUGAGGGGGGACUCCUAGCCAGUAUCAAUGUGGAUCAUCAAGCGUUGGUUAACAAACUCCCAGAUCUGGAGAAGGCAUCACAUAAACAAACAUAACUGCUGAGGAGUACACAAAUGUUUCUGCAGCCUCGAUAUGUUCCGCCUAAGGAAACAGGCGUACGAAGAGCCUGCUAGGGGUCUAGACACUGAGAGCUAAGACCACUCAGUGUUUUUUGGGGGACUACAUAUAGCACUGGGCUUCUUCAUUGGUGGUGGUUACAAAUUCCGAAUCAGGAAGGCGACUGCACUGUCUCAUGCCAUCUUUUAUCUUUUGAGACUUUUCCGUACAGUUAUACUCAAGGUGCAUAUACAGAAUAUAUUUUGUAAAUAUAGGCAAACUAAAAGAAAAUCCAGAUGGGUACUUAGAUUAUUAUAAGUGGUACUUUUCAUAUGGAUUCUUGGAACACAUCAUUGUUACAGUAUUGUAGCUGCUCCAACUUGAAUCAGGUAGAAGAAAGGAUUGAUUUAUGUAGUCACUUGACAACGCUGUAAUCCAUGUAGCUGGAAACCUAUGACCAUUUGUUCCAUAUUCCCUUGGAUAAAAAGCACAAGUUGCAUACACAUUUGUGUCUGCUUUCAACAGUUCCUCUGACAGAACAGUAUUUUUGAAUGAUCAGACAUGUUCUGUACUAGUUUGCUGAUAUAUUUUCUGAAAACUUAAACCAGUUUAAUUCACAUGAGAAAAUCAUGAAUAUUGGUGGUUUAUUAAUUAGUGUAAUUAUUUCUGUAUAUCUUUUUAAAAGAAAAUGUGAUUCCUUGUACGGGUUUUUAACAGACUCGUCCUUGAUUUCCGUUUGCAAUGUUAAAGUUGCAUGCUAGAUUUUUCUCUAAUGUGAGAUUAGUUCAAUGUUUGUCCCUGUAGAAGCUUCCUCCUUUCCUUUUAAUGUCAUUUUGUUCACUAAAUUACUGGACAAACUCAUACAACAGUGUUGUUGGCAACAGUAAGUAGGUGGUUUAGCUUACAAUAUGGAUUUAAACUAGCAGUUUUUUAGAAUUCCAAAAUUAACUUGCUGGUUUCUUAAAGGUUGUCUUGUAUGAAUUCCCUUCAAAAGAUAUACUCUUUCCUUCUUUGCUGUAAGCAUUCUAAUUCUGAACAGUCUGUGGCCACAUGUUCACCUUUUAAGUUCACCAUGGAAUUUAGCUCUGCAUUAAAUUACAACAUUUUCCUGUAACCCAGAAUGGGCUUAGGAAAUUUUUGGGGACCUGUAGCAUUGCUGUACCUCAGUUUGAAAUAGGACACUUUUUAAUUAAUUCCACUUCCGAGUUUUAGCCCAGUUCAUAUGGGGCAAAACACUAGCCCUUUGAGGUCAGAUAACAAAUAGCUGCACCACUAAAAUCUUUGGGCCUUUCUCUUUUGAAAAUGUAACUGCCUAACUGGGAGUCGUCUUAGAGAGAUGGAAGAAUAAUAUUUAAUAAAGCAAGUUAAAAUGUACUUGUGGGUGUCUCAUCUCAAGGAAGCUAAAGGUUUCAUUCAAACACAAUUUUUUUUUUCUCAGUUCUAUUCCCCUGGUAAAAAUUUUAAUCUUCACUCCAAUAAUCAUCUAUAUGGUAAAAGGAGAGUGACACUGCCUACAAAAUAACUUUAUAGUUCUUCUUAAAUCAAGAGGUUAAUACAUCAAUGACUUCCUUAUGUUACAAAAUAAAACAAAUAUGCUCCUUUUCAGUGGGCAGAUUUAUUCUGGACAAUUAAACUUCACUGCAAACUUCACUGAAGAACUAAAGUCAAUGAUUUAGCAAGGCUUUAGUAAGAUUAUUUUGCAGGAGUACAAUGUUUUGGUUUUGUUUUGUUUUUUUUCGUUCUGGCUACUUUAAAACUACUUGGGGCCUGAUUAAAAAGAGAGCUCUUUUACGACUAAUUAAAGAACAUGAGUUAAAUUUAAUCCUAGAAAUAGCCAUAAUUAGCAUAUUAAUAAAAUCUGAAUGCAUCAUAGAGAUAGGGCAUAAGGUGUUAAAUAAUACUAAGGCAAAGAUUUAUUUUGAAGGUUCAGAUUGAGGGCUUGGCUAGACUCAAAACUUCAAAGCGCUGCCGCAGGAGCGCUUUGAAGUGUGAGUGUGAUCGCAGCGCCAGCACUGGGGGAGAGCUCUCCCAGCGCUGCACGUACUCCACCUCCUCGUGGGGAUUAGCUUGCAGCGCUGGGAGCCGCGCUUCCAGCGCUGGGGCACUGUUUACGCUGGUGCUUUACAGCGCUGUAUCUUGCAGCGCUCGGGGUGUGUUUUUUUCACAUCCCUGAACAAGAAAGUUGCAGCGCUGUAAAGCGCCAGUAUAGCCAAGGCCUGAGAGACCAUGUAAACUUUUCCUAGUAAGUAUGUGACUACUUCUUACUUUGGGGCUGAUUCUGCCAACCCUACUUGCAUAGAGCUAGAUUGUGGACAGACUGCAUGCCCAAGAAAGGUAAGAAGGGAUAAUAACUCCCCUUACAUCUCUACAUAUACUUAGAUCAGGGAGUAAAUGAGGAUAUUCACCUGCUUAAUCACUCCUCAGAGUGGGGGACCAGGGAAUGGGCAAAGGUAUGGCUCCACUCCCCCUACUUGCUGGCCACAGCAGCUAGCUUUGAGUCAACAAGACUAUUUGCUCACAGUUACUGCAUCCUUAGAUGUUUUGCUGCAUCAGGUCCAGAGUAUUCAACACCUUGCAGGAUCAAGCCAUUAUUGUGGGUAUAGGCCAGCCGUAUAUUACUAUCUCUGAGGCCUACGGAGAAGGCCGUGGAGGAAUUGUGAUUCAGAGGCAUGCAGGGCUGUGCCUAGAGUCUCACAAUCUAGCGCAAAGAGGCAUCCCCUCGAAGUUGGCAGAAUUGGGCCCUUGGUUAACAUCAAGCUUUCUGAUGUUUUCGUAUUAGAAAAGAAUAACUUUUUUUGCACAGACCAGCUAGUAUUUAAAAGUACUUAAACAGUGCACAUCUGGGUUAUUUGUGAUAAAAACUAAGGCCCUGUCUACACAAUCCAUUUUGCCAUGAUUGUGCUGUGUUCCUAAACAUGGUAUUAGCCCAGCUUGGAUAUAACACAGUUUGAUCUUGCUCAUGUGUUCAGCGUGGUAAGGGAUCAUACUGUAACAUUAUCCUCUACAAGGGCUGGAGCGCAGGUCCUUACUUUGGUUACAACACCACUUUGGUCUCUUCCACAUAAAGCAAACCCUGUUGUACCUUGGCAGUACAAUAUUUAGGCAUGCUGGUGAAACAUAACAUUUAUAGUGCAGUCGGGGCCUACAAUAGUACCUCUUAUAUAAAUUUUUAAAGUGACACUUCUAUCAUAGCUACUAAAAGGGAAGCCCAGGAUAGUGUUUUAUUUUGGCACUAGUUUUUAUUUUAACUUGAUAUUUCAACCAGUGUUCUAAGGCUUUAGAGUACCUUGAUUUGUAAUCCACUUUGUUUUUCUCAGAACCAUAGUUCACAGUAAAAGGUGGUGUAGAUGCUAUAUAGCACUGUACCGAAAGUUAUAAUUUGCAUUCCUUGAAUGCCAAAUAUUUCUGAAUAAAUAAACAUGGAAAUAAAAGGGUUGAAUAUUGUGCUUACAAAAUGGCUUUUGGUUUUACCUAUUUUUUUAUGAUAUAAAAGCUGAUGUACAGAGAGUUUGUCCUUAAACCCAUUGCCAUUUCAUAGAUAUUAAUAGCUAUUUGAUGGUUAUCAUUGGCUCGGGAGGUGUGGGUUUUUUGUUUUUGUUAAUUUUGAAAGCAAGUUGGGGAAACCAUUUAGAGAAGCUGACGAAUGGUGGAGUAGGGAAAACGGUUACUUAAAUUCAUCUUUUGGUUACUUAUACUAAUUUUGAUACCAUAUACUAUUUCCUUAGUUUAAAAAACAUCAGUCACGUCAUCAUACAUCAUAAUGUCCUAGUGUAUCUAAUCUAAUUGUACAAGAGCAAAAUUUCCACUGUUAACGAAAUGAUGCUACAACACACAGUUUAACAGUAUAGAAACAGAUAGUCUAUUCCAUCCCUUCUCCCAGUCAUUUUAGAAGUGGAUUUGAGUGCUUUGCUGCCAGCUAUACUCUCUCUAAUGUCAACUGAGUCCGGCAACUGCAGUGACACUAUCUUGCUGUGGCUUUAAACUUCUUAAUGAGAUUCUCCCUCUUUUUUGUUUUCCUCAGCUUUUCUCUAAAGAGAAAGCUAGGACUUUAACUGUGCCAAUGUAAUAUUUUUCUUGGGUGCUUAAAACUGCAUUUUUGUUUUGGGGGGCGGAGGGAAAAAUGACAGAGGAAGAUCUGAAUUUAGCUGGAAGGGGUUAAGGUCAUAUUAAGACUUCUAAGAAUGAUACAUUACUCGAGCAGUUUAGAUCUCUUGACCCAAUUAUGCUUGAUAUUCUUAUGAUGUAAGUAAAUCUUAUAUUUUCUCUUCUUUAUCAUCUUAAUUGUAAAGAUUGGCCCAUCUCCAACUCCUGACUUCUUAAAUUGCUGAGGUGGGAUUGUCUAAUACUGAUGUCUAAGGUUAAGAUUUUUUUCCACCAUUAUUUUUAGUAAAAGCCACAGACAGGCCACAGGCAAUAAACAAAAAUUCACGGAUGCCCAUGACCCUGUCUAUGACAUCUACCAUAAAUAAUGGGGGUGGGGGGACGACUAUGUCUAAGGCCUUGUCUAUGCUAUAAAGUUUUGUCAGCAAAAGUUAUUCCCUUUAAUUAACACCGCUGUUGCAUGUCCACACUAUGCUCCUUGUGUCGGCAGAGUGUAUCCACACUAGCAGCUCUUGCAUUGACACAGAGAGCAGUGCACUGUGAUAGCUAUACUACUGUGCAACUGGCCGCAGGGUGGUUUGGGAAGGGUUUUGUUAGUUACCUCUCAUGGCUUUAAUUUAGUUUUGACAUGACUGGAGGUAUCUGGAGUCAGAAGGUCACAGGCUAAUUUUUCUCAGUUUUCUAAGUUAUUUGAAGUAUUAAGCUUUCAGCUUAUUUCUUUGUGGUAAUAGGGUCUGGUUCCAGAUAAAUUUGUCCUCAAUAUUGAAUGUUCUUAUUCAUAGUACCUGCUUCUUUUCUUCCUCCAGCAAUAUUCAGUGAACUGUAUAUAGGAAAAGCUGUAGCAGCUCAAGGAUUGGCACCCUGGAAAUCUUCCCUAAUGUCCCAGCAAACUGUAUCUGCAUCUGCUGAUUGUGUAUCAAAUGAAUAAGAAUUCUAUAGAUAAAUCCUCUGUUGGACUGCAUUGUUGGCUUUUCACUUUUCACAUUUUAAAUGGACACUUCAAUUGA